AUAUUAGAUUCUAUGGUAGAAGUGGCUGAAAUGUGGAAUGGUGUUAGCUAAUUAUUUUUUUAUACAUGGUCAUACAUGGCCAAUAAUAAUAUAAAUAAAUAAAUAUAUCAUAACCGUAUCAUAAAUUCUUAAUACCAUAAUAAAAUCAACGAUAGGAAAUUGAUAACAGUUGGUCACUGUUUAAGUAAAAAUUUUGGGACUAAAAUGAAUGUUAUUACAAAUAGUAGCAAAUCUGUAAUAACUACAGCAAUCCACAUACCAUUUCCUCAGACAUUUCAAAGUGUACGCUGGGCUAGAAAACCAAGAUGGUUGGGUACAGCAAAGUCCAAAUUAUUUAGAAUACCACCAAGACCUGUAAUACCAAAAGAAGAAGAACUAGAACUGCGAAGGUUAAACAACAAUUACAGAACACAAAUGAAGUCUAUAAGAAAUUACUUAACAGAAAGGUACCAUGUUAAGUAUUUACCAAGCUCUAAUGUAGAGCAAAUUAGGGAAGAUUUUGAAAAAGACUUUGCUCAGUGUAAUGAAAUAAAUACUAAGUGGAAUGAAGAAAUCAAAGUUUUGAGAGAACAACGAAUUGCAGAGGAAAUUAACAAAAAUAUUGAAGAAGCUAAAAAACAACUAAAUGAACAAAUAAUGUUAGACAAAAAAAAUUUAGAGAAGGCUGAAGAAGAAGUUCGUUUGGAAAAAGAAGCUGCAAAAGCAUUCAUUACUCCAGACACACUUGAAGCAGCAAUAGAAUAUGCUGUUAAUAAUCCAGUUGAUUACAACUAUGCAAUAGAUAUGGAGGGCAAUAAAAUAAUAGGAAAAGACUUGAACUCAUCUAAGCUAUAGAUUUUUAAGGAAAAAUUAACAUUAAUAAAACCAAUUAUAAAUAUU